UCUCCUGCUCAUCACUACAGUUCAUCUCAUUAGCUUCCUCCUUCUACUUCAGAGCGGCUAGUAAGCUUCACUUCAUUUUCCGCCGCGUCAUUCCGCCGUCGUUUCUCUUUGGACAAUGCCGACUUGGAACGUGCCGGGAUGCUCGAGCAAGUACGACGAGCGGUUCACGCAAGGGGACAGAGGGUCGAAGGGUAUGAGCAUUCAUCGAGCUGGCCGCUGACUGCUGGAGUGUCCUCGGCCUCGUUCGUCACUUGUUGCCUCUUCACUACAACCUUUCCCCGCCUCCUUAAUCCACCAUGCAUCUCACAUUCACGACCUUUGCCUUACUCGCGGCCUCUCAGGCACUGCUUGUCCAAGCUGAGAACCAGGAAGUUGGAAAAUGCUACUCAGACGAGUGAGUCAAGUUUGUUUCGUCUACAGUAUCGUGCGCUCACUAAGAGCUUUCCAAGCAGUGGCUGCUCGGUUGGAGGACUCGCCAUUAGUGGCGAUACUUCGACGACGACAAGCAUUCAAAUCCAAGCGAAUUGUGAUAGCUUCAAGUCAAGCAUCCAGCUAGGCAAGGUGUGCAGUGGUACGGAGAAGCGUUGCAGCGAAUGUGCUGUUGUCGAAAAUGCGGGAGAGUGCUUCGGGGCUGGACCAUAUCGCGACUGGUGCCCCUGAUGUGCCUCGGUGGGGUAAGGGCCUGCCAAAUGAUCAGCCGUUUCAUCGAACGAUGGGGUGCGCAGACUGAACCACCUCUGGCUUGAUUGCUCCACCAAUCUAAAGUCGAUUGGCCUUCAAUCUAGUGCGAAGUUCAGCCGCUUUACUUGCUGCCCACCUCCUGGCCGGCCUAUGCCAUGCCA